GGAACAGUAGACAUCAGUGCACAUCAGUGUGAAGACUGUGACAUCCUCUAGUUCUGUGCAUGUUUUAGGACUAAAUCAGUUACUGUUACAAUGAAGUCCCAUAUUCUGAUGCUGGUCAUGGUGACUACAACAAUGGGUUACAGGGUGCUUGAUCUACAUAAGGCAUGGCCCUUAGAUAUGGCACCCAACUCCAUUGAUGACGCCUACACCACCUGCACAAAGAAAAUGUCCAAGAAGAUCUCAGAUUAUCUUAAGAGUGACAUGAAUGCAAGUACUGAUUUUAAAAAAGCAUGGAACGCUGCAGUGAAGAAGUGCAAAAAGCCAGAAAAUGGUCUGAAUGUAAACCAUGCGAUUGCCAUCCGAGUGUACGUCAGCGGGGGACCUAAUGAGAUCUACGGCAAGUUUAAUGCAGCUGUGCGUACCGGCAGGGAUAUUUACAAAACCAAAUUCAGCUACAAGGCUCUCCACUUCCUGCUAACUGAUGCCCUCAAGCUCCUGAAGGAGAACCAGAAGCAGAAAGAGAACCAAAAGCAGUGCAUGACCACCUACCGUAGAACCAAAGAGGACUUUGACAAAAAUGUCGCCAAGAAGGAGAUCCGAUUCGGAAGCUUCACAUCCACCUCUCUCCGUGAUGAUCUCGCCCAUUUUGGCCAGAAGUCCUGCUUCAAAAUCUGGACCUGUCAUGGUGCUGCUCUGGGGAAUUACUCACAUUUGUCUGAGGAAGAGGUUUUGAUCCCACCCUAUGAGAAAUUUCUUGUUGAGAGUGUUGAAGUGCUUAAAGAGAAAGUGCGAUGGUGUGAUGUAGUGUACACACUGACCAGCACUGGUACUCUGAGUAAUUUGGAUUGUGCACUAAUGCAAAACAAUGUGUAGGGCAAUGUAAUGUUAAUGCUUCCUCAUUUCAAUGCACAGCUGUUGACUUAAAGAUAAAUACAUUUUCUAAAAAAUGA